AUGUGAGUAUUGUGUGUGCCGAGCACAUACACAACAUAUAGUUUCUGGUGUUGUGUGCUUUUUUUUCCCUCUUCUCCAUUCCCAUUUAUUCCUUUCGUUUCUUUUCACUCUCUGCACUCUCGAGAAAUAUUUCAGUUUGUGUUUCACAUUUUCGUUUGAAUAUGUUUUCGUGGAUGCCAAACAUACAAGCGAACAAAGACAUAAACAAAAUACGCCUGCCGAAAAUCCGAAUGAAAUUGAGCUAACGCGAGUGCAAUGAUCAUCAUAAACAUCACAACAUUUCAACUUGGUCCACCAAGCAUUGUUACUGUGUGUGAACAAUGAAGUGUUUCUUAUUUUUAUUUUUUCUAUUUUUUAUUCUUUCAUUUUCAUUGAUACGUAAAAUAUGUGAUUAGUUUGUGUGCUUUAAAUCCAUUUCGAUCACAUUCGAUUAGUUAGUGCUUUUAAUUCUCACGGCAUCGAAUCGAAUCGAAUCGAUAAGUGUAAAUUCAAACAUAUAUAUAUAUAUAUAUACACACGCACGGAGAAGAAACGAAAAAAAAAAAUAUUUACAAAUCAAAUCAAGCAGUCAACCAUACGCAACACAUACGCCAGCUAAGAUGGACGUUAUAAAUUCAAAUUCGUCCGAUGGCAUCCAGAAGAAAAAACAAAAGCGACCACGAAUCAAUGCAAAAAUCAAACAAUUUUCGAUUGAAAUUUAUUUCAUGUGGUUUAGUGCAUUGAUAUUUUUCGCCGAAACAUUUGUUGAUUUUAUGCUAGUUUGUUGUUACUUCGUGAAAAAUGAAGUACAGUAUGGAGUUAUAACGUUGACGCUAGUAAUUGUACCAUCAGUGUUGUGUCAAAUUUAUUCAUUGUGGCUGCUGCGAUCGGAUAGUACGGUUAGCGCCAGAGCACUUAUGAUGCACAUUUUAUUGCUCGGCAUUCCAUAUCGAUACCAAAAUAUUCUGCACAAAAUUUCACGCAAGGAUAAAUCAAUGUCGGAUGAUGAGGAACACACCGUUGAAGUGAUAAUCGAUCGUAUUCGCGAUGUGAACGCCAUACAAACUGUUAAUGCCAUAUUCCAAUAUUGUCCACAGUUCCUUUUCCAGUCAUUUCUCAUAGUCUAUCGUCACUACAAGUAUCUUAUGACAGGUGUUUCAGCUGGUCUGGCAGUUUUUUCAUUUCUCUGGCACAUUUUCAUCCAUUUCUUCUAUUUAAUACGACGUUUUAAUGAGGAUUAUAAACUGAAUGUACAUUCAACCGGUGCACCAACACGAUCAACAACGCACAUUAUCGACAAUUUAUCGUCGUCACAUAACUCAAAUUCGCAAGUCUUUUUACCAAUUAACGGAACGAUUGACUCGAAUGAAGCGACUGUCACACCGAUCAUUGAUUUACCAAAUGUCAUUGAUGCAUCUAAUUUACCCGAAGAUUUGAAAACAUUUGAAAAGGCUUCUUAUAAGACUGACAUGAAGAAUUUCGUUGAGUCAAAAAAACAUGGCGUAAAAAAUGUGGAGAAAACGAAAAUGUUCGGUUUCAAUAAACGUCAACCGAUUUAUGAGCACGAGGAAUUUGACAUGAUGUGUGAUUCAACAAAUUUUUCAACGAUUUUUUUUGAAGUGAACGAUAGCAAUUAUAUGACUUCAAGUAAAUUGGAUAAUUCACGAAUUUCAUCAUCAACACAAACCGAACAACCCAAGUUACGUGAAAUGUGCAAAUCAAUGGACGAUUUACAACAAUCGAGCCCAAACAAAGCCAUUCUAUUUCACAAACUCUCCUCAUCAACCGACAAUUUGAAGCAAAUCGAACGGGUCAAUUCAUCCGCUGAUGAUAGCCCAAAUUGUCUAGACAGCAUGCAAAAUAUAUCAGACAGUCGUAAUAGUUUACUUAAACGCAAAGGAAUCUGUUCAUCACAGGAAAUGCUUCAUUUAGUCGAUAUUAUGAGUGAUCACAUUUCAGCAGAGCAGGUGGAUGUGUUAGCAAAGAGUUUGAUUGAAUUGGGCGGUGCUGAAAGUUCCAGAGCUGAAGCCGAACAAAAAUUGCAAGAUCUCGAUCGAGUGUCAUUGUUAGAAAGAUUACCCGAAAUUAUCGACGAUAAGCUUAUCGAAAACAUUGAUGCGGCCAUUUAUGAAAAUCAAAUAAUCUUCCAAGAGCGAAUUCGAAAGAAUCAACUAACCAUUCAGAAUUUAAAGCUACAAGAUCAAUUGUUAUCAAAGUAUAUUGAAGAUUUCAAAUUGUUGCCGGGCGAUGGUAUGAGCGUGUGUGAUUAUGAAAAUAUGUGCUUUGCUAAUAUUGCACAGCAAACAAAUGGCAUCAAACAUUGGCGAAAUUAUUUACAAGAUAUUGAUACAAAUCAACAUGAUGAUUCAACGAUGCAGCAUAGUAGCUUUUAUAUGCAUACGAACACAAUUUCAAAUUCAUUUACCGAUUUGUAUAUCAAUGAGAAUGACUUUGGAUCGACAGCAAGUGGUCAGUUUACCGAUAAAAAUGUCAGCACCCUUGUGAAUGCGACAAGUAGCAAUCUGAUGAAUUACAGCUGUGAUGAUGAUGAAACUAACGAAAAUUAUUAUAUGAACAUGACAAAAGGCACCAAUUCACUGUCACCAAUGCUACCGUAUAAUCAAUGCCAAAAGAAUAUUUUGGUACAAACCAUUAAUAAAAUUAAUCACAGCGUCGUCGACUCACCAAUUAUCAUUCGGACAAAAUCAGAUGCGGCCUUGAAAAGCGAUUGAUUUAUAUUUUUUUUUAAAUAAAAAAGACUUAUUAAUUUUAUUUAGUUUUUACUAUACAAUUUGAAACUAAAGUUUCAUUUAGUUUCCUUACAAAAGAUAUGGAUGCAAAAGUGAGAUAACAAAUAAAAAUCUAGUGAUUUAAAUUUUCCCAUAUAUGGGAUAUAUACUUUCCAAAUAAAUGAAAUUUUAAAGAAAAUGAGAAAGUCCACAAAAGAGAUUUAUCACGAUGCAUUUGUAAAAAUAAAAAGCCAUGAAAUAUUA